CAUUUCUCUUUUAUUUACACGCUAACAAGUACAAUGCCAGUCUUAUGUGCUGUAUAUGGCUGUGGUAACAAUUCCCAACGAGACAAGGAAUACAGCUUUUUCAGAAUUCCCAAAAUAAUUGAAAAUCAAGGGGAGAAAACGAGAGUGCUGUCGGAGGAAAGGCGGACUCAAUGGCUUGCGAACAUUAACAGAGCGGACCUAAACGAGCAAAAGUGCUCAUACUCACGAGUAUGUAGCAAACAUUUCGUCUCAAGGAAACCUGCUGACCUGUAUGCAUGUACUGACCCAGAUUGGGUGCCUACACAACAUCUUGGGCACAACAAAGUCAGGGCCUUGGACAUCAGCAUUGGACUGGCCCGCAAUGAUAGGUUGUCAGCAAGAAACAGCAUAAAGCGAAGAAAAAUUGAGGAAGAAGAUCAUUCAACAAACGUCAUUGAUCCACCUUGCCCACCUGUGUCACCGGAUGAACCAACUAAGUGUGAUGUAGGAUGCCAGACCGACAUGACGGGGGAGGAGAUUGACAGGAUGAAGUUUACCGUCAACUAUCUUUCUGAACAACAAGACCAACUCAAGACACAGCUCCUAGCACAUCAGUUACAUGAGGGUAGUUUUAGUAAUGGGGGGGAUGAUAAAGUUAGAUUUUUCACUGGUUUGCCAAAUUUUCUCAUAUUGAUGAAUGUAUUCCAGCUUGUUGUGUCUCAUGUUAAGUGUACGUCUCGCAAUGUAAUCUCUCCUUUUCAGCAGUUCAUUUUAGUUUUGAUGAGGCUCAGACUUGCUCUUUCUCUUCAAGAUCUGUCUUACCGUUUUGGUAUUUCUUUGUCCACAACAUGUAGAAUUUUUGACAAAUGGAUUUCUGUUAUGAAUAACCGUCUCAGUUUUCUUAUUCUUUGGCCACAACGUGAUGUACUUAGGAAAACCAUGCCCACAGUUUUUAAACAA